ACGUUUUGAGUAGCAGUCUGAAGGGAAUGAGUGGAUGUGAUAAGUAUAUUGCUGAGCAAUACCACCACCAUACGGUUAAUUUUGGGUAUUGCACGCCUUCUCUUGCUGGUCGGCUGUGGCCUACUCAAAGCACUGAAAGAGUUAAGGAUUUCAGAGUCGCUCAGAAUCUCUGAGUCUGCAGUACAGAGCAGAAGGAUCGCAGAGUCAGGCAGACUUCUCAGAGAUGGGAGAUUAUUCUUUUCCUCAUGCAUGCAGCGACUAUUAGCAACAAUUUCCAGUUAUUAUUUUCUUAAGUGCAUAAAAUCUGAAAAAAGUAAUUUAGUUCCUUUUUCUACCAAUAAAGUUGAAGAAGAGUCAUUUUGUUUACUAUAUCUGGAUUACCCUGCAGAACAAGAUAAAGGAAGAUCAUCAUGUCAAGCUCCUGUGACACUCUGUACUUCAGUCUGCCUGCCCAUGGGAGCUCUGUCCUGCACAAGAUGAAUGCUCUAAGAGAAGACCGUCGGUUCUGUGACAUCACGCUCAUCUUCAGAAGCCAAAACUCCUCUGCGGAACAGUGUGUCCACUUCCACGGACACAGGGUGGUGCUUGCAGCAUCCUCUGAUUUCUUCCGUGAUCAGUUCCUGCUCUAUGAAGACCAGGCAGAGAUGAGUGUGGCUGCAGUUUCCAGUGUGAGAGUGGCGAAGACGCUGCUGCUGUCCUGCUACACUGGACUUCUUGAGGUACCUUUGGCAGAACUGGUCAGUUACCUGAGCACAGCCAGCAUCCUCCAGAUGAGCGAGGUGGUAGAGAAAUGCAGUCAAGCUGUGUUGCAGUUCCUUAAACCCAUUAUGUUUUCCAAUAAACCUCCAAGUUGCUCCAAGGAAACUGAAAACCAGCAGCCAGAGAGAAGCUGGCUAUGUUCCAGUUUUGAAAAUCGGAGGGAAAAGGAUGUGGCCCAGCCCAGCACCAGCAUCCAGGAAGAUAAGACAAAGGAGGAAGGAGUGGUUCUUGGUCCGGCAAUGGAUGGGGUCAGCCAAGAAUCUAAGGUGGAUAAUGAAAAUACAUAUGUGACUAUAGAAGACAUGAAGUUUGUGAAACCUAAAUUGGAGUCAUCAGAGGAUCAAAAAUUUGAGCUUGACACUUUGAAGUCAGAGCAAGGUGUGAAAAACCCCACAGCAGCUCUCAAGGAUGAAGUUUUUCAAGACCACAUUUCGUUCCCAGGUUUAGAGAUUAGAAGUGCUGCAGAUCACGUAAACCUGGUGGACAUCUCCCAAAAACAACACGAGCAAGUAGGACAUGAAGAAAACCAAGAUAAAAAAAUGUAUGCACACAAAGGCCAACUGGAACAUGGUGGAGACCUGAUAGAUUCCAAAAUAUCUAACCUCUCCGAGGCACAGUCGACAAAGACUGGUGAAGAUGUACUAAUAGGGGCUUCACACAGCGUCCUAGUUGAGAGACCCUACCUGUGCAGAAAGUGUGACAAAAUCUUCCAGCACCUUGAGAACUACAUGGGCCACCUGAAGGAACACAGACAGUAUUCCUGUUUGGUCUGUGGGGAGGGCUUUUCCCAGAAGAGCAAACUGACCCGGCACAUACAUGUUCAUCCUGAUGUCAAGCCCUUCAGGUGUCCACUGUGCCAUGAAACGUUCAUCCAAAAGGGUUGGCUGCAAGAACACCUCAACCUGCACACAGGGCACAGGCAUAGUCUGAACCCAGCAAACAAGUCAGAUUUUACAGGCCUAAAGGGAGAGAAAAAUGGCCUGACAGAUGUGCUGGAGAAGGGUGGAGGAGCAAGUUAGGAUUAAAAUGUGAUCAUUGCUGUUUGUUCUGACUGCUUAUAUCUUUUCUUUUUGGUCUUUUUUGGAAAUCUGGUCCCAACUUCAAUCGUAGAAAAACAUGCACAUGCAAAAAGACAGAUUUUUUUUGAGGGACUGAAAAAAAAAAAUCUGUAAAAUGUUAUAUAAGACUCCAAAGAUGAAAAGAGUGUGUGCCUCAUAUCUCAGAGGUUUUUCUAAGCUAGAUAUCUUUGGUCAAGGUUAUUUUCAUUUAGUUGUGAAUUCGUUUGGUGUUCGAAAUGAGCAGGAUUGCCUAUUGGCUCUGUGAUUGAUGUCUCAGAAUAUUUUAUUCACUCAAUAUGCACAUUCCUAAAUUAUGUUGUUUAAAUUCAAAUACAUUGCACACCAUUCAUUUGUGCAUGUUCUACUAAUAAAGCUUGAUGAGCUCUUUACUGUC